UCACGAACCAUCUGAGUAAAAGUACUAAGAAAAAACAGGAAAAAUCUAAUAAACAGGAAUAUUUCUUUCCUUAUUCUUUGGUCAGAUGAAUGUGUAACUAUUCAUUUCCCAGGGCAGGGCGGACCUUCACAGAUUAAAAAAAAAAAGCAAAAGCCCCUCCUUUUUACACAGAAAACAGGAAGAAGUGACCACAAGUCAGCACCAAAAGCUACACGUGUUAAUCUAGUAAAAAUAGGAGUAAAAAGGAAAGACAGUCCAGCGGUGCGUAUGUAUGUGUUUAUACUGAGAUUUUAAAGGUGUUUAUUGAUAAAACCGCGACUAAAUUACUGAAAGUGAGCGCUGUCUGAGCAAAAACGAGUCAAUCUGUGAAAGUAAGUUGUCUGUCUCAGAGUUCAUACAAGCAUUAAAAGACAACUACGGAAAACAACGACAGAAUGGCUGCCAAUGAAUCGCCAUCUGAAGUGGAUUGCUCCUGUCCUGUGUGCUGUGACAUAUUUAAGGAUCCUGUGGUCUUGUUGUGUGGUCACAGCUUCUGCAAGUACUGUCUUCAGGAGUGGUGGAGACAAAGUAAACUCCAGACGUGCCCGGUCUGUAAGGAAAUAUUUCCAAUGGCUCAGCCUCCACGUAAUCUGGCACUGAGAAAUCUUUCUGACACCUUGAGACAAGAGAGGAGUCAGAGAGCUACGACAGGAUCUAAAGAGUUCUGCAGUCUGCACAGUGAGAAACUCAAGCUCUUCUGUCAGGAUGAUCAAGAGCCCAUCUGUGUGAUUUGUAGGGAUGCAAAAAAACAUAAGAAACAUAACUGUGUCCCCAUCAAUGAAGCAGCAAAAGACCAUAGGACCAAACUGAAGGUUCAGCUGAUGCAUUUAAAAAGCAAACAGGGGUCAUUCAAAGCAGAAAAACUUGAGUGUGAUAAAAUGGCCAGCCACAUCACACUCCAGGCCCAGCAGACUGAGAAGACAAUAAAAAAGGAGUUUCAAAAGCUGUACCAGUUCCUGCGGGCAGAAGAGGCUGCAAGGAUUGAUGCUGUGAGGAAAGAGGCGACACUCAAGAGUGAGGCAAUGAAGAUCAGGAUUGUAAACCUGACUGCAGAGUCCUCCUCACUCUCAGACAAAAUCAAAACCAUACAGGGGGAAAUGAAAACUGAAGACAUCUCAUUAAUGCUGAAUGUCAAAUCCUCUAUGAAGCGAUCCCAAUGCAACCUGCCAAAACCAGAAACUCCAUCAGGAGCCCUGAUCGAUGAGGCCAAACACCUGGGGAACCUGCAGUUCAAAGUCUGGAGGAAGAUGAAGAGUAUAAUACAGUAUACUCCUGUAACUCUAGACCCCAACUCUGGUGGCUCAUCAUUGACUAUAUCAGAACAGAUGACGCGUUCAACAGUAGCACCACUGUGGCAGCCACACCUUGACAACCCAGAAAGAUCAGAGUAUCGGAGUGUUUUUGGCUCUGAAGGCUUUAGCUCUGGGAAACACAGCUGGGAUGUGGAGGUGCGUGAUUAUUGGUCUGUUGGUGUGGCUACUAGAACCGAGCCUUUUACCUCUGAAAACAUCUGGGCCAUCGAACUGUGUGUGUGUGCUAACACUUUAUUUGAACAUACUUCAGGGAGUACGAAAACCAUAUCUACAGAUUCAUUUCCCCAGAGGGUGAGAGUGCAGCUAGAUUAUGACCAAGGAAUACUAUCAUUUUUUGACCUGGAUAGGAAAACACUUGUCCGCACUAUCAAAGACACUUUCACAAAACCUGUUUUUCCAUUUUUCUGUGACAAUGCAAAAAUCCUUCCAGCUGAAUUGUCAGUGACGGUGAGACAACCCAGAUAAACAUGCUGCAUUACUGCAUUAGUUCAAACAACAAGAUGAGGCCUUCACACAACCGUGUUUUGGGUUUGUGUUCAUGAUAUUGCCUAACUUAGCCAAUCCCAGGCUUGUGCCACAUUAUGGUUUUAUCAUCAUAUUUUAUUUUAGCAUUCUCUUGAAUUCUCCAUAUGUAGUUUAUGUUUCUCAGAUAUUAGUAUAUAGUUAUAAAUCUUGUUCUCUUUCUGUUUGUUUGAUGUCAGUAUCCAAUGACAUGUUAACGUUGGAGUAAGAGUUUUCUUCUUGGUUUUGUCUGUCUUAAAGGGUUACUCCACUGAUUUUACAGAUGAAGUUCAGUUUACUUGUCAUGAGUAUUACUACUCAACCUUUAAAAACACAGUGAGAAAAGUUUGAGAAAAUAACCCUGAUGAUGUCACAAGGUUUGAGACUUAAAAUAUUUCCAGAAAGCCUGUGUUACAAACUGGAGGUGUGGGGUUUGAAAGAAGUGGGCAUUUAGUUGUCAGAAAGAGUCUAAUGAAAGAUCUUAUUGAGUUGCAUUAUGGGAAGUGCAGGAUCCAGGAUACUACUAAAUCAGUGGAGUACCCUUUUGCCUUUUUUCAUUCAUUGUAUGAUGUUAGCAGAUUGCAUUAUUUAGUAACUAGCAGAACAAGAGCAAAGUUUAUUCUCAAACAAGAUGCUACAGGAAUGGUAAAGAAUACACCGUUACAAUUUUCUUACAACUCAAAAUAAAGUCAUGCUAACAUAUAAUAUAGAUGUGACAGACAGCAUAACUAAUGGCGCCUCAGGAGAAGUCAUUAGAUUCCAAAAAGAUUCACUCAAAGUAAAAUGUGUUAUGGUCAAAUUUAAUAAUGAAGUGACACUAAAAAUGACACUACUGAUAGUGUCUAUAAUGUGAAUUCUGAGAUUUUAAAUGUUCAUCUGCAAUUUUUUGUAGUGGUCCCAGUGAUAUUUGUUGUUAAAGUGUACUGAAGUAGCACAUUAGUUACAUGAAAUGGUUAAGCUACAUUUGAAUAAUAAUAAUAAAAAAAGAAGUUAAAUAAUAAAUAUAUAAAUUAAUUCAGUUGCAAGAACAAUACUUUCCACUCAUAUUGGAGCAUUUAUAUUAAAAGAAUACAUGAUAUGAUGAAAAAAAAAGCAAACAAGUAUCAGCAAGACACAUGUAAAACAAUUUAGGUAGACAAAGACAAAAUCUUGAUCACAUUUGUACAACAUAUUUAUUCUUUUAUCUCAAUUGUAAUGGAAAUUCAUGACCUGAGUAGUCGCAAGUUUUCAUGGAUAUGUUUUUGCAGUCGACUUGUGGAGUGAAUCUUAUGUAAAUUUGAUCAUGGCAUUGGGUUAUUUCUUCGGCAGAAGUUCAUAUCUUCCAUUACAAUGUUGACUUUUGAUAAAGUUGGAUAAAGGUGGUCAAGGUGAAAUGUAUAUUAGCAUCAGUGGAUCUAUACACAGUGAUUACAGUCCGGACAUUUGAGGUAGCGGAGGUUAUUUGGAAUUUGUCUUCUGUAGUUUGGUUUAACAAGACAAACUCUGAAAGAAAGUAGAUUGCAAUGGCUUUUCCACAGCCUGCACCAUUGAAGUGUUGUUGUUUGUUGUUUAUCUUAUAGAAUGAGAAGUUAGCUUUUGUGUUUAGCUUUUGUGAGAAGUUACUAGAAGCCAGAGUCUUCAUCAUUAAAUUUUACCAUAACAUAUUUUACUCUGUUGAGUGAAUCUUUUUGGAAUCCAAUGACUUCUCCUAAUGCGCCAUUAGUUAUGUUGUCUGUCACAUCUACAUUGUAUGUUAGCAUGACUUAAGCACUAAUUUUGAGUUUUAAGCAAAAUUGUAAUGGUGUGUUCUUUACCAUUCCUGUAGCUUCUUGUUUGGGAAUACACGUUGGUCUUGUUCUGCUAGUUACUAUAGCAUGUAAUUCUAUCAGUUCACCUGUAAGUUGGUUCAAUUUAGCAAUAUUGACUGUACUGACUAUUUAGUUGUUUCCUGUAAUCAAGAGAGCAUUUUAUGGCAAACCAGGACUUUUUCUUGUAUGUGUUUGGCUUUUCAAAAGUGCUAUAUUAAGGUCUGUGUAUUUGCCUAUCCUGAUUCUAUAUAGUAAAUCAGCAUAUUGUAAAUCCUCA